GUUUUGCGUGCAUCAUUUGUUAGAAAGGAAUUUCCUGCAUUUUCCAUAUUCAGAGUACAUUUUGUUGAGUUUUAACACAAUUAUAAUUAAUUAAAACAAUGUUCAGGCCAGAAGAACAGCAAGUUGAAAUAUGCUUACUAAAAUCUAAUUUGGAAGAAAUUGAAAAUGAUUUAGUCGUCCAGCGCUCAGCAUUACCCGCAUUGGAUGCGGAGAACGAGCAGAAAUACCGGGACACGAUGACCGCGUUGCGAGUUACCCGUUCAUUGAACACAGAAAUUGAACGGCUUAAACUUGAAAAUGUUCGAUUAACUGCAAAGCGUAUGCAGCUGAAACGCCAAAGCGAUGAUAUAAGCAACAGUGUGGAGCGGGCACGGGAGACUCAAAGUGAACUGGCUAAGUCAGUGGAGCAAGAAGCACAGGAAACAGAACUCCUUAUACGUCAAUAUGAAGACACGUUACAAGAAAUAGCAGAUCGUUUCAGGAAAACUCGUGGUUACUACCAUGAAGAAGAGGUUAAUAAGGAGACUGAAAACGUCAAUGCUAAAGUCUCGGAACUGGAAGAUGAGUUGCAAAAGCGACAAGCAAUGGUUGACGAGUUAAAAUCUCAACUCAACCAGCUCAAACCAUCCUUACCUGAAGAUCUUCUUGAAAUCAUAGGUAAAGUGGAAUUAGAUGCAAAAGUAAAGGAGCUCACUGAAAAGCUUGAAGCAUUAAACGAUAAACACAAGUUACUUGUUAAUCGGAACAAUUUCAUGAAUUUCUCUACAGAAAAGAAGUAAUUAUUGUAAAGUUCUCUAUUUUUAUAAGUAGAUUGUAACAAAUAUUCACAUGCAUUACUAUUGUUUAAACUUCACUUAAUUUAACAGAUACUUUAGUAAUUGGUAUACUUUAGCAUACUUAGAGAAUGAUAAAAUAUAAGAAAACAGACAGAUGUAAAAUUCCGAACGAAGAAUUGAGAACGUUUUCAUUCAAUUAUCAAAUGUAACAAGCUCGUACUUAGAUACAAUUUAAGCUACAAUUUCAGCUGUGUUGUAAUUUUCCCGUUAUAAGUACGUAUUUAUCAAAUUACUCAUUACUUUAUCAAAUUGGAUCUUUUGUAUUAAGUAGAGCCCUGAGUAAUAGCAUCUGAGUACCUACAUAAUAAAGAGAAGAUAGAAUAUUCCGGGUUGUUUGUUUUUCUAUAAACUUUUUUCCUUGCAGCUUUUAUUUUCAUCUAAAC